AUGAAGGGAGCCGAAGAAUACACGGGACUACUCGUGUUUUUCUCGUUAUGUUGCUUGUUCAUUUUGGUUGCCUUGUUUUAUUUUCUGGAGAUGACUCCUGUUAUGAGUUAUGGUGAGAUCAGGGAGGAGAUUGAACGACAGGAGAGGCAGGAGCGUGGCGAGUACAGGGAGGGUGACGUAGGUGACGCUGGACGUCGUUUGGAUAUGGCUCAAGUUUGA